AUGGCUGACACCAAGAAAUCGGAAAAUGCUUCCGCGCUGUCUGGCUUUCGCGUGCUCUCCUUCGACUGCUACGGCACUCUGGUAGACUGGGAAAGCGGCUUCAUCCAAGCCCUUCAACCACUUCUCUCGCAACUCCCAGACACCCAUCCGCUGAAAUCAUCCACCCCUGAGAUCCUCUCUAUUUUCCAAAAGAUCAAAGCGCAGAUCUUCAAAACGCAGCCAACCCUACUGUACAGUCAACUGCUCCAACAAGCGUACAUUGCGCUUGCGCAGUCCCUGAGGGGCACCGGCGACCCCGAUCCCAGCAGCACCUCGCUUGAAGCUGAGAGAUUUGCAGCGAGUAUCCAGAAUUGGGAGGCAUUUCCUGAUACUCGUGAUGCUCUGCAGCGUCUGGGACGGCACUUUCGCUUGGUGAUUCUUUCCAAUGUCGACAACGUGUCCUUUGGCAGGACCCUGCAAGGACCACUAGAAGGGGUCAAUUUCGAUGCGGUCUAUACCGCGGAAGACAUCGGGUCGUACAAGCCCGAUCACCGCAACUUUGCAUACAUGUUCUCGCGUCUGCAUGCAGACUUUGGAGUCCAGGAGGGGGAGGUGCUGCAUGUGGCGCAAAGUUUGGUUAAUGACCAUGUUCCUGCCAAGGAGCUGGGCAUCACGUCGGCGUGGAUUACGAGAGGAAAGGAGGGUCAGAAGGGGAUGGGAGGGACGUUGCAGGAUCUGAGGGAGAGGGUUGCUUUUUCGUGGAAAUUCGCGGACCUGAAUGAGCUGGCUACUGCCGUGGAGAGGGAACGACAGGGCUAG